AUGUGCUUCCUAUUCACGGACCCUGACCUCAUCAUUGAUGAGCCCCAAUUGCAAUCUGCCAACCUCAACACGGACAAAGGGGGGGACACCCUAUCAGAGAAUGAGGCUUCACCGACCCGCCGGAGAUAUGAGCCUCGUGAUUUAAAAGACCUGACUGGUCAUACUUUCGGUACAAUUCCUCCGGAUUUCAAGCCAGUACUUACCAUCCCCCGGACAGAGCGCCCUGAUCAAGGCAUCUCGGAACUUCCAGCCGACUUAACGAUCAUUGAGAGGUUUACCACAGUCACUCAUUCAGAACAAUCCAUAACGACGAGUAGUCCGCGAAGGCUCAACCCAGGCACCGAGAUAGAGAUAAUCACCAUUGUUGAUGGAACUAAGUUCAUCCCCCCAAGCAGCACAUCUGACGUGACGAGCCCCAGUCAGGGGCCAGAGCACACUUCACCUAAGGAGACGACUACUGAGGUGCUCAGCUUGAGCACUGAGACGACAUUGUUCGCUCCAUCCUCUGACAGACCAAGUGAGGCAAGCUCUUGGACUACAUCAUACACAACCGAUUCAAACACAGAGCUUCUACCACCGUCUUCAUCCCCACCUGCAUCUGGAACGUCAGCUCUAUCAGAAACCACAAGAAUUAUAGUAGGGGUUUUUGCAGGUGUUUUUGCCCUUUUAGUUGCGAUAUUCGUCUUUUGUGUGGCACGAUGGUACGUAAAGGGACCAAAAUCGCGGCAUAGAGAACAACAUGAACUGCAACCUGAACCGCGACAUCGACCGCGAUAUGAACCGCGGCAUGAAUUACAAAACGUACCGCAGUAUGGGCAGCCAGCUAAUGUAUCUGUCCAGGUUUACCAUAACCAUGCCGAGAUACAGCCACAACAAGCGGUUGCGGACUAUGGGUGGAAAGCUUGA